AUGUCGGGUACUAAAAAUGACUCUGAAUUGACUGAAUCUCACAGAAAACGUGAUCGUUCUGUCAGUACACAGAGAUCAUUAAUGUCAUAUUUUUUAAAGAAAACUCGUUCCAAUGAAUUUCAAGAUCGAUCUGAAACUGAACAUUCUGAAGUAAAUAAUGAAGAAAAUGUAAGUUCUGCUAGUACUAGUAAUGAUAAUUUAGCACCUGUCGAUGAUAGCUAUAAUUCUGCAGAGUUACAAAAUGUUGUUGACAAUAAUGUACAAAAAAAUCUAUUUUUUGAUGCAUUAGAUAUUGAAAAUCGAAAAAAACUUAUCCCUAUAAUCAAUACAAUUUUUCUUUGUGGUCGUCAAAACUUUCCGUUACGUGGGCAUCGUGACGAUGGAGAUUUGAUUCAAAAUAGUGUAAACAACGAAGGGAAUUUUAGAGAGCUUUUGAAAUUUCGUAUAGAUUCAGGUGAUGAUGUUUUGAAAAAACAUCUUCAAAAUUGUCCAAAAAAUGCUAGUUUUAUUAGUAAAACUACACAGAACGAUUUAAUCGAUUGUUGUGCUAGUGUAAUUCUCCAUAAAAUUGUAAAUGCCGUUAAAGAAUCAAAAUAUUUCUCAAUACUAGUUGAUGAAACUUCCGACAUAAGUUCAAGUGAACAAUUAGUUUUGUGCAUUCGCUAUGUUUUUCAUGAUAAAGUGCAAGAAGAUUUCUUAAAAUUAGUUAUUGUUGAAAAUGCAUCUGGUUUUAAUCUUUCCAAAAUAAUACUACACCAAUUAGAUGACUUAGGUCUUAAUAUAAAAUAUUUGCGUGGGCAAGGCUAUGACGGAGGUGCUAAUAUGUCCGGAAAAUAUCAAGGCGUACAAGCUCAAAUACUAAAAAUUCAGCAUCUUGCAUUAUAUACACAUUGUGCCUCACAUUGUUUAAAUUUAAGUAUAUCAAAAGCGUGUUCUGUAGUUUUGAUCCGGAAUGUUGUUGGUAACAUACAAGAGGUUAUAACUUUUUUUCGAGCAUCACCAAAACGAAUGUUACUUUUAAAAACUACAUUAAUGAAAGUGUUACCAAAUUCUAAAUCAUUUAGACUUAAAUCUGUAUGUGAAACACGCUGGAUCGAACGACAAGAUGCAAUUCUUCAAUUUCUUGAAUUAUACGAUGUUAUUAUAAAUUGCUUGGAUGAACUUGUAAACUCUAAUGAGGAAAUUACGCUCACUUCUAGUAAAGCUAACAAUUUACUAAAUUCUAUGUUGAAAUUUGAAUUUUUAAUUACACUUCAAGUAUUGGCAGAAUUAUUUUCAAUUACUUUGCCUCUUUCAAAGCAACUGCAAAAUCAAAAUUUAGAAUAUUUUCAAUCAUAG